UCCCACCCCGCUCCCCGCGGCCGCGGCCGCGGUCGCCGUCUGCCUGACCUCCCCGCGCCCUCGCCGGCGGGCAGCUCCCGGGUCCUCCCCGCCCCGCGUUCAGCAUCUGGUCCCGCCCCCGCGCGACCCCCUCCAUGGCCGCCGCCACCGGGGCGCCGCUCGGCGGCCUGAACCCGAGGCCGAAGCCGAACCCUAGCCCCGGCCUCCGGUCGGGGGGAAAGCCCGCCGCGCUGGCCGACAUCACCAACACCGGGAGGCCCGGCCCUCCCAGGCACACCAUGGCCGACGUCCUCAAGGAGAACGCCAAGUUGGCUCAGCUGGUUGCCCAGAAAACCAAGAUCAUUGAGCUCAGCGGCGUUGAGAUUAACAAGCUCCGUGCUGCGCUGCACAGCACGCAUCAGCAGAACCUGCACCUCGCGCAGGCUCAUUCUCAGAUCACCGCGGAACUAAAUCAGGCAAAAGAUCGAGUAAAGAUACUGCAGCAUGAGCUUUCAUGCGCAACAGCAGUGCUUAAAGUAAAGGCUUCGGGAAUUGAGCGAAAGAGUACGACUGCUGAUAACCAACUGCAAACAGAAAUAACUUCACAGGAGUUAAAAGCCGCACCUUCCAAAUUUGCACCAAUCGAAGCUCAUCAAGCUGAUAACAAGGGCAACAGUGCUAAUGUGCACCAUUCAGUCGAGACACAAACCUCUGUGCCAUUUAAUACAGACCAACCAGAAGCACCACCAGAUAAAAAAAAUAAAAGAACAUCAGUGAAUACGCGCACAAGUAAGCGAAAGUCAGAAUCAUGUGAAGGUAUAAAAGAGACCAACACAUGUCAACAGAGCCACAGACCUGAUGUGCAACCCACUGGAUCAUCACAUCAUGAGGAUCAGAGAAACACAGUACGAAGAAAGUCUUCUAGACUAAACCCAGGGUCUUGUGAGAUGGCAGAAGCAUCUUGUGAGAUCUUGCAUACAGACACUGCAGUUCCUUCAUCUUGUAGUUUUAGUGUUCCAGAACUUGAUGAACCAAAUAGUGGAGAAGACAUGCGGAAGGCAGCACAAGAUGAACUGUUAUGCAACACAGCAAUGCAUAUAAAGGCUUCAGUACUCAAGAAGGACGAGAUAAAUAAGCAUCUGCAGAAAGAAGCAAAUGUGCAGGAGGAGAUACAAGAAACUCAUUCUGUGGUUAAUAGAAUUGAGGACCCUGAGGCACAUCAAAUUGACAGUCACGCAACGAAUACGAUCCCAAUCCACCCGGCAGAAACUCAACCAUCUCUGCCAUUUGAUACUCAACAGCCAGAACCACCCAAAGAAAGAGCAAAAAAGAGGGGUGGACACAAACGGAAAUUGGAUUCAUGUGGAGGUCAAAAGGACUCAAACAUAGAAGACGCUAAUUCCAAACUUGAUUCUACUUGUAGUGAACCACCGUAUCAUGAAGAGACGAGAAAAUCUCCGAGAAGAAAAUCCUCAAGAAAGAACCCAGGAGAAUUUGGUGAGGCCACAAAGGAAAAUCUUGAGACCAAGCAAGAGGAAAUUGUUGCUCCUGUAGUCCCUUCCAGCUCAGAUGUCGUGAUGGAGCAGAGCAAAGAUGAGAAGCAAAGCGACAGCCGUUCCUCGAUGGAACCUUCUGAAGAGCAGGCGGCGGGGAGGUCCUUGGUGCAGCCGACAGGUAGAAGGUCUUCGAUGCGGGCAGCAGCAAAGGCUGUCUGCUACAAGGAGAUACCCGUGAACGUGAAAAUGCGACGACCUUAGCGAACAGCCAGUAACAUUUUGUGAUGGGGUCACUUGCGUUUGCUUUUUGUGGAGUAGAAUAUCAUGUUUGUUGUAUGAUUGUAGAGGUCUGUUGCUUGCCCGCAUAAAAUGUAGUAUCAUGUUAUUUUGCCAUACUCGCGAUGGACUGUACAGCGGCCCCUUUUGUUCUAGAACUGAUAAUAGCCAUUUGUCGUGGACAUGUCUGAAUGACAGUGCCAAUUCCAACAGUUAUUUUUUUCUUCCAAUUCCAACAGCUGACAAUUGGUACUGGUAUUUUGCUCU